UCGCUUUUCUCAAUCCAUAAUUGCUGACUUAAAUUUUUGGCGUUUUCAACUUGUUUGCCUCUAAUAUUACAAUCACGAGGGAGUAAGGAAUUAACAUUUGUCGGUGCAUGGAGCUUGUUCAUUUCCACAAACGCUCCUGAGUUUUCCAAUGAUAUGGUGUCACAUCUGGAACACUGUCUCUCUUUUUGAAUUCCAAAUGUUGAAAAUAUGAACGAGAUCAUGUAGUAGUGAAGCUGGCAUUUGGAGAGCCGUUAAACACCGGGUGCUGAACAUGCCCAUGCAGCUGUUUUCACAAGGUAUCUAAAUGAGUGCUUUCUGGAGUUAAUGGCCAACUUUUCGCUACACCAAUGAAUGAUUGGAGUGGAGACGAAUUUCUGGAAGAUGCAAUAGCUGAAUAUGAUAGGAACUAGGAAGGGCAAUGAAUGCAAACCUAUGGAUUUGGAAACGUUCCAUACGCGUUGUGCUCUGGUCUAAAAACUCAUCCCCCACUUUACCGGUGCGUCCCAAAUGAAAAAAGUUGUGAGUCGGUAGGCGGCGCACGUUCACACCUAUGUUUUUCACUUCCUUACUUCAUUUGAACAGAAAACAAAUGCAGGAAUGAGACGGGGUUGUCGGCACUGGCCAACACGAUCUACUGAAUCACAACUAUUUCGUACUGAAACUUUGCGACUGGGGACGCAGUAUCUUGUUCCAGCCAUGAUUCAGGCUACCUUUGGGUGACAUACCCAGCUUUUAAAGCUUGUUGUUCAUAGAAGGAGUGAACGUGGACAAUUAUGUUAGUUCCGUCCUAACACACUAAAGAAGAAUGAAUAACUAUUUUUGGGGGGGAAUAGCAUGAGAUUUUUCUGAUCCUCACCGCAGAGUCAAGACAUCGAUCAUUCCCUGAGGGUGAUCUACAUAACUAUAUGUUACAUUGCGGUCAGUCAAUGUGAUCAGCUUCGAUUCACCUGGCAGUUUCGAUUGUAAAUGAUGAUGAAGCUCAGUCGGCAAUUCACUGUUUUUGGAAGUGCCAUAUUCUGUGUUGUUAUCUUCUCAUUGUACCUGAUGCUGGAUCACCUGCAAUUAGACCAUACAAAAAGUCCAAACAACGGUGGGGAAAAAAUGCAAAAUGGCCAGUUGUCCAUCCUGCAGGAUAAGAUUGACCGCUUGGAGACACUACUGUCAGAGAACAAUGAGAUCAUAGCCAACAUCAGGGACUCUGUGUUCAAUCUGAAGGAGUCGGUCAAGGAUGGCCGUGGGGGUCUUGACGGCGGGAACAUGAGCCAAGGGCCCAAUCUAGAACUGCUGGCUUCGCCUCCACUGGUCCUCCCUAUUGACUCACAAGACUGUCAGUUUGCGACAAGGGAAUUCUCCAAGCCAGCAGAUGGGGUGCAGUUGCUAGAUGUGUAUGACCUCCUGACCUUUGACAACCAUGAUGGGGGAGUGUGGAAACAAGGCUUCGAUAUCACCUACCAGGAUAAUGAAUGGGACAGCGAGCCACUUCAAGUCUUUGUUGUGCCCCACUCACACAAUGAUCCUGGAUGGCUGAAGACGUUUGACGACUACUACCGGGACCAGACCCAGCACAUCCUGAACAACAUAGUGGUGAAACUCCAUGAGGACAGCCGCAGGAAAAUGAUCUGGUCCGAGAUCUCAUACUUCUCCAAGUGGUGGGACAACAUCGACAACCAGAAGAGAGACGCUGUCAAGAGUCUGUUUGAGCAAGGCCAGUUGGAGAUCACUACGGGAGGCUGGGUGAUGCCUGAUGAAGCCAACUCGCAUUACUUUGCAUUAAUUGACCAGCUAUUGGAGGGACACCAAUGGUUGGAGAGAAAUGUGGGAGUGAAACCCCAGACGGGCUGGGCUGUGGAUCCGUUUGGCCACUCCCCUACCCAGGCGUACCUGUUGAAACAGGCUGGCCUGGCCAACAUGCUCAUCCAGAGGGUGCACUACUCCGUCAAGAAACACUUUGCCAGUCAGAAGACCCUGGAGUUCUUCUGGAGACAGACCUGGGACCCAGCCUCCAGCACGGACAUUCUAUGCCACAUGAUGCCCUUCUACAGUUAUGAUGUUCCCCACACGUGUGGUCCCGACCCCAAGAUCUGCUGCCAGUUUGACUUCAAAAGACUUCCUGGUGGGCGGGUCAGCUGUCCCUGGAGGGUCCCCCCUCAGCCAAUCACGGAUGGAAACGUACAACAGAGGGUUCAGAUGCUGCUGGACCAGUACAGGAAGAAGUCCAAGCUGUUCCGAACCAAUGUGGUGAUGGUCCCCCUGGGGGACGACUUCCGCUAUGCAGAGGCCUUGGAGUGGGACCAGCAGUUCCAGAACUACCAGAAGCUCUUUGACUACAUGAACUCUCAUCCAGAACUACACGUCAAGGCUCAGUUCGGCACCAUCACGGAUUACUUCAACGCUCUUCGUAAAUCGGCCAUAAACCCCGGUCACGUUAGUGCCUCUUUACCAGUGGUCAGCGGCGACUUCUUUACCUACGCAGACCGAGAUGACCAUUACUGGAGCGGCUACUUCACCUCCCGACCCUUCUACAAACGCCUAGACCGCGUGCUGGAGUCACACCUCAGGGCAGCUGAGAUCCUUUACUCCCUGACCCUGGCUAAUAUUCAGAGGUUUGGGAAGCUGAAUGAUUUCCCAGCUGUGGAGAACAACAGACUGCUCACUGAAGCCAGGAGGAACCUGGGCCUGUUCCAGCAUCAUGACGCCAUCACAGGCACCGGCAAGGACAUGGUAGUGAUCGACUACGGUACCAGGUUGUUUCAUUCCAUUUUGAAUUUGAACCAAGUGAUUGUCAACUCCGCUCACUGGCUGGUGUUAAAGGACAAAAGUGCAUACAGUCACCAUCCGUCAAAAGCCUUUCUUCAAAUGGAUGACAUCCAGCCUUCUCAAGAUGCCCUGCCUCAAAAAAAUGUUCUGAAAAUCAGUUCACAGCCUAGGUCUGUAGUCGUCUACAACCCCACGGAGCAGGACCGCACGUCAGUGGUGACCGUGUACGUGAACACGCCCCACGUGUGUGUGAUCACAGACCACGGUCACCCUGUCCCCGCUCAGGUUAGCGCGGUCUGGGAUGACUCCACCACAGCUUCCACAGAGGCCUUCCAGUUGUCCUUCGUAGCUCAGGUACCAGCGCUGGGUCUUGGGCUGUACCAGUUGAGUACGGCUGUGAGCGGCGGGGCGGAGACGGCCGAGUAUGUUUUCCUCAGGCAAGGCGGCGAACUAUCCGUCAACAUGAAGCACUUCACCGUCAACAUCCCCCAGGACGCCUCCACCCCCCUCAGCAUCCACAACCCCCACAUCCAGAUCUGGAGCUCCCCCACCACCGGCCUGAUGGAGAGAUUGAAGCUGAAAGAGAACGGCUCAGAACACCAGAUCAAGGUGGAGUUUGCGUGGUACGGCACAACCAGCAACCGAGAUAAAAGCGGAGCCUACUUGUUCCUGCCCGACGGGGAAGCCAAGAUGUACUCUCCCGCCCGGUCUCCAGUGAUACGGAUAACCAAAGGAUCUGUGUUCUCUGAAAUCACCACUACCUUCGAUCACGUGACACACACUCUACGCCUGUAUAACGUUCAAGGUGUGGAGGGCCAGGCAGUGGAGAUCUGUAACUUGGUAGAUAUAAGGAGGGAGUUCAACCAUGAAAUUGCAAUGAGGUUAGCAUCAGAUGUGGACAGCAAGGAUCGAUUCUUCACAGACCUCAACGGAUUCCAGAUACAGCCCAGAAGAACCAUGGCCAAGCUUCCCCUUCAAGCCAACUUCUAUCCCAUGACCAGCAUGGCCUACAUCCAGGACCCCGGUACCAGACUGACCCUGCUCACUGCACAGUCUCUGGGCUCCGCCAGCCUUGUGAGUGGCCAGUUGGAGGUGAUUAUGGAUCGUCGGCUGAACCAGGAUGAUAACCGCGGGCUGGGCCAGGGUGUCCUGGACAACAAAGUUACCCCCAGCACUUUCCGCCUGCUCCUGGAGAAGAGGGCUAAGACCGAUGGGGGGGAGAAACCCUCACCCCUCAGCUACCCGUCUCUGCUGAGUCACGUAUCGUCGUUGUACCUGAACCACCCUCUGAUCUCCAUGGCCGUCAGCACGGAGGCACAGUCCCUGUCCUUGUCCGCCUUCACCCCGCUGGCCUCAUCGCUGCCCUGUGACAUCCACUUGGUCAAUCUACGCAGCAUACAGUCCAAGGAGGAUGGGGGUGGUCCGUCGGACGAGGCGGCUUUGAUUCUGCACAGAAAAGGCUUUGACUGCGCCUUCUCCAAUAGGAACACAGGGCUACUGUGUGCCACCACGCAGGGGAAGAUCCACACGGAGAAGCUGUUUUCACAACUGAGAUUCCAGAGCAUCAUCCCCGUAUCCCUGACUCUGAUGCAUACGACUGAGGGAGGGUCGAGCAAAGAGGAAAUCAGACUGAAACCAAUGGAGAUCAGCACAUACCGUGUGCAGCUGACAUGACAGCUGGCCAGAGAGCCUAGUGCCUAGUCUGCCAUGGCACAUGCAAAAAAUCUGGCCUCUGUUCCUGUGCCGAAAAACAUUGUCAGCGAGGCUAUGCAGAAGCCUAGGGACAUAGUACAUCCUUGGAACGGACGGAAGGAGGGAAAGAGGAAGAGAGAAAGAAGGAGAGAGGGAGGAGGAUUAGGAAGGAGGGAGGAGGGGAAGAAAGGAGAGAGGCAGGAGGAGAAGGAAAUGGAACUUGAUUAAGCUUCAUUUUAAAAGUGCAGUAUGAUAUUGUUUGAAUCCAGUAUCCCUAGUUAUCCUGCAGUUUCAGGUUCUGUAUGUGUUGUGAACGUUUGUGUUGCAAUUUCACUUGAACUCACUCUACUGAGAAGACCACAGGUCCACAUUUCCUUUGCCACUAAUAUGAUUUUGUACAAUGUGAUUCCUUGUCUUGUUUUUACCAAGGUAUGGUUUCAAUCAUAGUGAAUAUUGCGUCAUGUCCUUGGCAUGCCGAAAAAGAAAUUGAACAAAAACUGAUUCUAAAUAUUAUUUUUUUAUAUGUUUCAUUGCAUUAUUUUUCCAAAGAGCAAAAAUGUGCCUUAUUUCUCUAUUUCAUAAUGAGCCCAAUGUACAUAUGUUGUUCCCCUUGGAGAAAAAUGUACAUUAGAAUUUAGUAUCAAUGCGAAAUUACUGCAGCAAAUAGUUGUUAUAUAAUUGACAUGUGACAUCACAUUCAUUGAUAUAGGUCUGUUAUUGUGACCUUCAUAUACAUAUUGUUGUGAAUUAUCCCGUUUUUGUUGUUUUACACAGCUAUGCCACUCUUGGUACAGCGCACCAGUCAGUCAGUCAGAUGUUUUGAUCAAGAAAUGUUCAAAGGUGUAUCAAUAAUAAAGCCUUUUAAUCAGUUGCA